AUGAUCGCCAGUCACGUCGUCAGCCGAGCGGAGGCAACGCCGGUCCCCAAAAUAAGACUUUCAGGUCCCCACACGGCUGCUCCCCGCAACACGCUCCCACUUCGGCUUCUGACUGCUGCCUGUGUCCCACCCGGAGCCAGGACACCACCGCAAGCAGGUUCCCUCAACGCCAAUGCUCGUCUCUACCCACCUGAUAAAGGCAAGGUGCUGCUGCCUGCCCGCACCCUGCCCAAACCACAUGGCAGCACCCCUGGCACUGGCAGCGGCACCAGGCACAACGCAUCCCCUCCCACAGCUCCGGGGCACCCGCAGAAAGAGCAGUUCCUCAUCUGCAGAGCUGGUGCAGAGGCGGAGAAGAGCCGCAAGGACCUCCCGUCGACGGACUGUCUGCCAAAAUGUCCCCCAGCACGUGGGCUGGCCGCCUCGCGAGGUCGCGGCAGGCACGCGGAGGACAUCUUCGGUGAGCUGUUCAAUGAAGCAAACAGCUUCUACAUGCGGAUGAACUCGCUGCAGGAGAGGGUGGACCUGCUGGUCAUCAAGGUGACACAGCUGGACUCCACCGUGGAGGAAGUUUCGCUGCAGGACAUCAACAUGCGGAAAGCCUUCAAGAGCUCCACGGUGCAGAACCAGCAGGUCGUGUCUCGCAACUCCAUCCCCAACCCCGUGAUGGAGAUGUACCAGCGCUGUGACAAGCCUCCGCCGCUCAACAUCCUCACACCCUACAGGGAUGACAAAAAGGAUGGCCUCAAGUUCUACACCGACCCCUCCUACUUCUUCAACUUAUGGAAGGAGAAAAUGUUGCAGGCGACGGAAGAUAAGAGGAAGGAGAAGCGCAGGCAGAAGGAACAGCGGCUGGUGGAGGACUCCACCCGGGAGGUGAAGAAAGUGAGGAAAGCCCGCAACCGGCGCCUGGAGUGGAACAUGAUGGCGUAUGAUAAAGAGUUCCGACCCGAUAACAGGUUCUCACCAUCCCCCUAUCACAUGGCGUCAUCGGAAGGAUCACUGUCCCCAGAUAAUAGAUCUUACGCGUCGGACGCGGCUGACCACUCGUACCCCGCGAGCCCCAACCACCCCGCGCAGCUGCUGGCCCCAGCAUCUUCAGGAAUCCAACUCCGGAAAGUCCAGGAGCAAUGGGAACAAGAGGCCAAAAAAGAGCCCGUGGGCAACGACGUGGCGACGAUCCUGUCCCGCCGGAUCGCGGUGGAGUACAGCGAGUCCGACGACGACUCCGAGCUGGACGAUAACGAGUGGUCGGACUGA